AUGGGUACUAUACCAUAUGUUGAUCGGUACGCUAUUUUCGUUGGUGGUGUUCCGCGCACUACGACUGCAAUGGAAUUGGCACAGCUUUUCCAACAAGUGAUCAGCGGUGUAGUUGAAGUGACUUUGGAAGUUGAACGUCAUACAAAUUACCCGAGAGGGUCAGCACGAGUGGUGUUCGGGACUCGUGAAGCUUAUCUUGUAGCUCUCGCUAUGGGACGCUUCACAUUAUUCACGCUUCGAGAGCGAAGAAUCCUGGAAAUGAGACCAUAUGUGCUCGAUGGCAUGGUAUGUGAAAUAUGCCAUGAAGCUGCUGGCAUUUAUUUGUGCCCCGAACUCCCUUGUAUGCUCUACUAUUGUGUUCCAUGUUGGUUCAUGGCCCACCAAAACGAUGAUAUGGACGAUCACAAACCGGUAUCGAGAAGAACCCUUGGACUUUUGAAGGGCUGGAGACAAAAUCAGACCCUUUGUCGUUAUGGCAAUUGCAUGCCCAGUGGAUACUACUAUUUCUAG